AGUGCUGUCCGUUUUCGGUUGACCAUCUCUUGGCUCAGUUGGGUUGGAGAAGAGGGCGUUGGCUUCUGCUUAGUAACUCGAAAGAUGUGUCGUAGUCGCGGUGUUGGUCUGCGAUGCGACGGCUCGUGUUUGGGUUUUGGGUUUGUUGGAUAUGAGUGGGGUAGAGUGCUAGAGUUGUGUGUGUCCGGAGGUGAGGUGGAAUUUUUGGAACCUGCUGCCGAGCUUGGCGAAUCGUGACUUGAUUCCACUGCUGUGGACGUCGUUGCCACUGACCUGGGGAGGGGUUUGGAGGUUUUCAACGUGGUUCGGGAAUGCCGGGAAUUGUAGCUUGGCGUUGGGUUGUGCGCUCGGCCUCAGCCUCGCCCGGUUCUUCCUUGCGGCUUGAGAGCUGGCGUUAGGAUUGUGUUUUCGAAUCUGGUGUUGAGUCCAAUUGGAAGGAGAAUUUCAACUUACUGCGUAGUGCAGAGGGUGAAAGUGCAGGAUGCCCUGGUUUUGGAAGCCAGAAUGCUUUGUUUGGACCCUCGCUGCAUGUCUUGUACGCGGAGUUUCGCUAAUUAGUUAAGCACAUGCACAAUAUUACGGAAGGGUUGUCGUAGUUGGCGUUAUCAGCAGAAGCGGUUCUCAAGUGUGGUAGUAGCAAUGGCAAUGGAUUUGGCGGCCAACACACGCGUGGGUUUCAUUGGAGCUGGCCAAAUGGCAGAGGCAAUAGCUAGGGGCCUUGACAGGUCGGGUCUAGUGCCUGCUGACAGGAUGUACGCUUCUGAUGUCAAUGUCAGUCGAACGCAAGUCUUCGAAUCUCUGGGCACCUCAAUCUGCUCGUCCAACAGCAAGCUUGCAGAGAACAGCAACGUGCUUAUUCUGGCUGUAAAACCCCAAGCAGCUGAGAAGGUUGUGACAGAGAUGAGACCAAGUUUGUCGAAGGAUCAUCUUCUGGUCUCGAUAGCUGCAGGAAUACCCAUCAAGAAGUUACAGGUUUGGGCUGGUGACGCACGAAUUGUGAGGGUGAUGCCCAAUGUGAACUGUUUAGUGGGUGAGACGGCCGCCGGAAUGAGCUUAGGAAAAACAGCAACUCCAGCUGAUUCAGACCUUGUGGCAACAAUGUUUGGGUCACUAGGGAAAAUCCAUGUUGUUGACGAAAGGCUUUUGAAUGCAGUAACUGGAGUCAGUGGUAGCGGUCCGGCUUAUAUCUUCAUGGCAAUAGAAGCUCUGGCUGAUGGUGGUGUAGCCUCUGGGCUUACCCGUGAUGUGGCAAUGUCCCUGGCUGCUCAGACGGUGUUGGGAUCUGCAAAGAUGGUGUUGGAAUCCAAGAAGCAUCCCGGCGAACUGAAAGAUAUGGUAACAUCACCUGCAGGAACCACAAUUGCUGGGGUACGUGAGCUCGAGGAGAGAGGCUUUCGGUCGGCUCUUAUUAAUGCCGUCUUAGCUGGAACUAAGCGAGGGGAGGAGCUAGCGGGGAAUUAGCUGUGUUUUCAUGCUUUUGAUUUUUUCAUGAGGUGAAAUUCAUGUGCCGAUGUAUGGUUGUGCUCUACAUAGGCCGAGUAUUUAUUAAUCUAAUACUAGCAUUGUCACCUCUUGGAUCAGUUUCAGCAUCGUUUUGAUAGAUACAAAGACUGCUGUGGACUGAGGAUUCUCGCUUCAGACUCUGUGUCUGUAUUUUCGAAUCAUGACAUGAGACGGUUUAAUCUUCAGUAGGCAUUUGUACCUAUGAUUCGUCGAGCCAUAGAAAGACUCGCAUUGUUGUAAGUUUUCAGUUGGAGGACUUGAGGAGGAGAUAGUUCGUUUACAAGCAAUUAUCUCACUGCGGACUUAGUCUUUGUCAGCAAUAUUCCUUGUUUCGAGGGAAAAUGUAGGUUGUUCACUAAUACAGAUAUUUUUCGAUGUGGUA